CCUCUAGCCUUGCUUUGAAAAAGCCAUUUUGUGUAACUCUUGACUGUUGAAUAAAUUGCUAACACACCCGUUGGGAUCAUCACUGGAAAAGUAUGCCAUUCGAGAGGUCCUUUACUUGACCCGAUACUGGGGAUUAGGAAGAGAGGUAUUUUUCUUUUUUGUUGUUUUUUCGCUUAUCAUUAUGAGCAUUGGCUUUUCACCCUUGAAGUGAAAAUGUUGAAAGCCGAGUCUUCAGGUGAACGUACCAGUCUCAGGAGCGCCUCUCCGCACAGGAACGCGUACCGAACAGAGUUCCAGGCACUGAAAAGUACCUUUGACAAACCCAAGUCAGAGGGGGACCAGAAAACAAGAGAUGGUGAGGGACCCCAGCAGAGCAGGGGUAGGAAAUAUGGCUCCAAUGUCAACAGAAUUAAAAAUCUGUUUAUGCAGAUGGGUAUGGAACCCAAUGGGAAUGCUGCUAUCGUUGCCAAAACGAGGGGAAAAGGUAGACCUUCAUCCCCUCAGAGAAGAAUGAAGCCCAAAGAAUUUGUGGAGAAAACAGAUGGCUCAGUGGUUAAGUUGGAGUCCUCUGUUUCUGAACGAAUUAGUAGAUUUGACACAAUGCACGAUGGCCCUUCGUAUGCUAAGUUCACGGAGACUCGAAAGAUGUUUGAGAGAAGUGUGCUUGAGUCAGGGCACAAUCAUCGCUAUUCCCCAAAGACGGAGAAAGCCGGAGGGACUGAAGUACAGGAUGAGUGGGGUGGUUCCAAGUCCAACAGAGGCAGCAGUGAUUCCUUGGACAGCCUGAGCCCCCGGACUGAAGCUGUCUCCCCAACAGUGAGUCAACUGAGUGCAGUAUUUGAGAGCACCGAGUCUCCGGGGGCCAUCAUUCCUGAGAAGAAUGACAGCAGUGACUUCUCAGUGACCGGGCACUACCCUCUGAAUUUACCAUCCGUUACUGUUACCAAUCUUGAUACCUUUGGCCACCUCAAGGAUUCGAAUGCAAGAUCUUCAAACAAACAAGCUGUUGAUACCGAGGAUGCCCAGAAGGGUAAUGAGGCUCCAGAAGUGGCUCGGAAAGGUGCCUCUCUAGCUUCGUUGCCUAGUGAGGAGAUCCAGCUGAGCAAGGAAGCCGAGGACUUCCCAUCUCACCAAGAGACUCUGGGCAGCACUGACAAAGAUAUUCCUGAAGAACCCUCUGCUGAACACCAGGCAAUGCCAAAGUCUGAUAUACUCUCACCACAGAAGGAAGCUUCAGAAGACGCUGAAGCUAAUGUAGUCAGCAGUGAGACAGCAGGGCAGCAGAGGAAAGACCUUACAGGUGGUGAUGUAACCUCUCCUGAUGCUUCUGCAUCCAGCUGUGGCAGAGAAGUCCCCGAAGACUCAAAUAAUUAUGAGAGUUCCCAUGUAUACAUGCACAGUGACUAUAACGUGUAUAGGGUGAGAUCCAGGUAUAACUCCGACUGGGGAGAGACAGGCACCGAGCAGGACGAAGAGGACGACAGUGACGAGACCAAUUACUAUCAGCCCGAUAUGGAGUACUCCGAGAUAGUUGGGUUGCCAGAGGAAGAAGAAAUCCCAGCAAACAGGAAAAUUAAGUUUAGUUGUGCUCCGAUUAAGGUUUUCAACACAUACUCCAACGAAGACUAUGACAGGAGAAAUGAUGAAGUUGACCCUGUGGCUGCGUCUGCUGAGUAUGAACUUGAAAAGCGAGUAGAAAAGCUGGAACUUUUCCCCGUGGAGCUGGAGAAAGAUGAGGAUGGGCUUGGCAUAAGCAUUAUUGGAAUGGGUGUUGGCGCCGAUGCAGGCCUGGAGAAGCUGGGGAUAUUUGUCAAGACAGUGACAGAUGGCGGUGCUGCUCAGCGGGAUGGCAGGAUCCAAGUCAAUGACCAGAUUGUAGAAGUGGAUGGAAUCAGCUUGGUGGGGGUCACACAGAAUUUUGCAGCAACUGUUCUGCGAAAUACCAAGGGCAAUGUCAGGUUUGUUAUUGGGCGAGAAAAACCAGGACAAGUGAGCGAGGUUGCCCAGUUGAUAAGCCAAACCCUGGAGCAGGAGAGGCGCCAGAGGGAGCUGCUCGAGCGCCACUAUGCCCAGUACGAUGCUGAUGAUGAUGAGACUGGAGAAUAUGCCACUGAUGAAGAAGAGGAUGAAGUUGGGCCCAUUCUUCCUGGUGGUGACAUGGCCAUAGAAGUCUUCGAGCUCCCUGAGAAUGAGGACAUGUUUUCCCCAUCUGAUCUGGACACAAGCAAGCUCAGUCACAAGUUCAAAGAGUUGCAAAUCAAACAUGCAGUUACAGAAGCAGAGAUUCAAAAAUUGAAGACCAAGCUGCAAGCAGCAGAAAACGAGAAAGUAAGGUGGGAACUAGAAAAAAACCAACUUCAACAGAAUAUUGAGGAGAAUAAAGAAAGAAUGCUGAAGUUGGAGAGCUACUGGAUCGAGGCACAGACAUUGUGUCACACCGUGAAUGAGCAUCUCAAAGAAACUCAAAGCCAGUAUCAGGCCUUGGAAAAGAAAUACAACAAAGCAAAGAAGUUGAUCAAGGAUUUUCAACAAAAAGAGCUCGAUUUCAUCAAGAGACAGGAAGUGGAAAGAAAGAAGCUGGAGGAGGUGGAGAAGGCUCAUCUGGUGGAGGUCCAAGGCUUGCAAGUCCGGAUUAGAGAUCUGGAGGCUGAGGUGUUCAGACUACUGAAGCAAAAUGGGACUCAAGUUAACAACAACAACAACAUCUUUGAGAGGAGAACAUCUCCUGGAGAAGUCUCAAAAGGAGACACUAUGGAGAAUAUGGAAGUCAGGCAAACGUCCUGUCAGGACGGCUUGAAUCAAGACUUGAAUGAAGCGGUCCCUGAGACAGAGCGCCUGGAUUCGAAAGCACUGAAAACUCGGGCCCAACUCUCCGUGAAGAACAGGCGCCAGAGGCCCACGAGGACACGACUCUAUGACAGUGUCAGCUCAACUGAUGGGGAGGACAGCCUGGAACGGAAGCCUUCAGACAGUCUCUAUAACCACACACACGUUACCAAAUCGCUUCUGCCCGAGGGUUGGAGAGCUUCUUCUCCAGAGUCAGAUUCUGGUGUUGCACCUUUCACCCCUGUGGCUAGCCAUGGGGCCUUCUCCUCUUGCCACGAGACUGAGUCUCAAGAAGAGUCACGGAUGCCAGAAAGAGACACGUUCUCCUCUGUCUCGGGAGACACUUCACCCUCCUCGCCUUCAAAAUCUGAUCACGAUACAGAAGACUCUCCUUGCCACCACCAAGCAACCAAGAAAAUAUUACAUGACAAAGACCAUGUCAUUUGUCCUAAAUCACUAAGAACAUCCAGUUCAUUCGUGUUGCAAGGAGGAAAAAUUAAGCAGAAGUUUGUGGAUCUGGGGGCACCUUUGCGGAGGAAUCCCAACAAGGGGAAGAAAUGGAAAGAAAGAGAAAAGGAAGCCAGUAGGUUUUCUACAGGUAGCAGGAUCUUCAGAAGCAAGUUGGAGAACUGGAAAGCCAAGCCUUCCCCUGCGGCUCAGGCCUCCACCCGCUCUCCUUGCAUGCCUUUCUCAUGGUUUAACGAAAGCCGGAAAGGAUCCUAUUCCUUUGGGAACCUGCCUUCAGUUCCAAGUCCCCUUCAGCCUUCUCCUGAGACAUUAAUUUCAGAUAAAACAGGGUCCAAGAAUUUCACCUUCAAUGACGACUUCAGUCCAAGCAGUACCAGCUCAGCAGACCUAAGCGGCUUAGGAGCAGAACCCAAAACACCAGGGCUCUCCCAGUCCCUGGCACUGUCCUCGGAUGAGAUCCUUGAUGAGGGGCAGUCUCCCAAGCACAGUCAGAGUCUGAAUCGGGCCGUUCAUGAAUGGAGUGUGCAGCAGGUUUCUCACUGGUUGAUGAGCCUAAAUCUGGACCAGUAUGUGUCUGAAUUCGGUGCCCAGAACAUCACUGGGGAGCAGCUCCUGCAGCUUGACGGAAGUAAACUGAAGGCUCUUGGAAUGGCGUCAUCCCAGGACCGAGCGCUGGUUAAAAAGAAACUGAAGGAAAUGAAGAUGUCUCUAGAGAAGGCUCGAAAGGCCCAAGAGAAAAUGGAAAAGCAGAGAGAAAAGCUGAGGAGGAGGGAACAUGAGCAGAUGCAGAGGAAGUCCAAAAAAGCAGAAAAGAUGACGUCCACAACCGAGAACAACAGAAAUGAAGUGGCUGAGGAGAAGUGGGGACUCCUGCCACUGUCCAUGCCAGACAGUAUUUACCCAGGAUCUUAAAAUACCUCAGGCCUAAGCUGCAAGAAUGUCCACAGGUCAGCCUGGAUUGUACUGAAGAUGAGGAAGUCUCUUCUAGGGUCUUUGUCCAAUAGGAUUAACCUGUGCCUGAAAAUUAUGUAAAAAGUAAACAAAUUGCAUUUAUACAGUUAUUCUAAGUCAUUUAUAAACAUGAAAGGCUAGAUAAAUUUGAGGAGGACCAUCAACAUUUAACAAGGGUGUUUAAGACAAUUCUGAAGGAGGGAGGGCAAAUGAUUCUAAAAGAAACUUCUAUACAUGGGAUGCAUAUUUCCCCUUCAUACACUGAGAUAUUUAGAGUUACCAAAUCCGCUCGAGGAACUAAAGGCUCUUCCCAUAGAGCUGGCGAUCAGGAGCAUCUGGCUUUAGGGGACAGGCCUCAGCAGGAGCAUGCCACUUGCUGCCUCACUGAGACCCUGUCUGAGUGAAAAGGUAGUUAGGAGAUGACAGAACUAGCUUUCGUGUGUUUUCUUACUUACAGUGAGUCGGGGCUCUACCUGUGUCCAGUUCUGAAAGUGAGAUUGUGGAGGUGAAGUCCAAGAUUAAAGCAUCUCUACUUUAUUCCAAAGUUGUCCUCACUGUGAUAGGACAAAGAAGGGGGUAGACUCAAAAGGAAACAGCGUUACAGGAAGUCUGUUUUACCGAUUCGGUCCUGACAGACCGAGUGUGCUGGCUGAAUUUGUUCGCAUUUGUCUGGAGUAUUUAAGGUCCCGUGGAAUUUAAUCUUGAUCCAAAACAUUGGAGAAAAAUAACACAAUAGAAAACACGUUGUAAUAACUUGGAGAGUAGCAUUGAAGAAGCUGGAUUGAGCAGUUAGAGGACAAAGGGAAAGCCUACACAAUAAGCCUCCCCUGCUAAGUGACACCAGUUCCAUUCAUGGGAGGCCUGCCGUCCUCACCUGUUUGUGCAAGGAUGUCUGUGUGGAAUUGUAAGAGCAUGUUUGUUACUCAAGACUCAGAUCUAUAAGCACCUGGACCUGUUUCUGUAUCCUCAGAGUAGGGGGCAAAAGAAGCUCCAUGCUUCCCAGCCCUUGACCCUACCCACCCCCCAGACCAUUAGGGAUCCAGCGAUGUGCAAGACAUAGGAGUACGAGAGUAGGAGAGCCAGCCACAAAUUCUCACUUAUGUGCAUGCCACUCGUGUGGGUGUCAGAACUGUGUGUGACUGUGUCCCCUACCUUACACACAUAUAUACCAUAAGCACGUGGCAUAAAAAUAUACUAUACAUGGACGACAGUGAUGUUAGUUAGGACCCUGGGCUGUAAUCAUAGCCUUAUUGCCACUUUUUGUGUUGUGUAUACAUUGAAUGGCUCAUAGAUUUUAAGAGAUUUUUUUUUAAUGUAAGUAUACUACUAAAUGCACUUACGCUUAUAAAUGUUUAUAUAUUUUGGUAAAACUGAUUUAUUAGAUCUUUGGUAUCGUAUUUUAGUAAGAUAAAUUUUCCUCAAAGGUUUGAUUAAUGCUUUGAUGUCAAGAUUGCACUUUUUUUUUUAGUUAGAAAUCAGAAGAUAUUAUGCAGCUUUGGGCAUUUUCAACUGCAGAUUGCAGUUUUCUAGACUAAAAAUUGCACUGUGUGUUCUUGUGUAUCAGCUCUCACUUUAAAAUGAGAUCUUCAGUAGCUUAUGUCACUAACUACUGGCUCUCUGGUAGCAGUAUUUCUGUCAUGUGACCACUAUUUACUUCCUAUGCCAUCAGCUUGCAAUGGCAUUUUGGUUGCUACCAAAUAUAACACAAUGGGUUAUGAGUCUAUGUUGUUGGAAGGUGUGUGCGUCCAUUUGCUUCAGCUAUUUUAUGCAUACACACAAGUUUCAUGUUAAGGAUUUAAGCAUUCAUUCAUGAAAGAACAAUUGGCCAGAAAUACCUUAAAUUGUCUUUACAAAAAAAGCAGCUAGAUAACACCUCCCAAGUGAUUCUCAAGCUAGAUAACACCUCCCAGCAACAUCAGGUUCAAUCAAUGAUUAAUAAAAUCUCUAAACAUACAUGCGUAUACACUCCUUAGUAUUACUUAAUGUCAUAACUACUGCUUCUGUAUUUUUUCAAUGAUAUUUUGAUGAAGCCACUUGUACAUCUGCUAUAUAUCAUUGACAAGACUGGGCAGCUGAAAAGCAGAAGGAGAAUAAAAUUCUGUUCUACUGUAA